UUAACUUGAUCGGUGAUUGCUAUAGAGAACUGGAUAGCGGUUCAGUUCCGGUAAUUACACAAAACCAAUUGGAAAUUCGUUUUAACUGAAACCUAUAUUUUUUCAAAAGACAAGUUUGACAUCUUCAAAUUCGAAUCCGGGUUAGAAAGGCAAAUUUACAUCUGCAACAUUACUAGACCACCUUAACUUAUUUGUAACUACUUUUACAUUAUAAAUACAUAUAUAACUUUUGUUAAAAAAAUAAAAUAAAAUAUAUUUGGGGUUAAUAUUGGUAUUUUAUAAUCGAACCGACCCAGAAUUGGUAGGAACUGGUCGACAUUUGAACCGAAACAACGGUCCUAGGUAGAUACAAAAUCACUAUACCCGAUUUACCUGAAACCGAACGAUUCUUACCCAUAACUGGAAUAUUCGAAAGCCAUGUCAUAAUCAAUAGAUUCUAGAUCCAGGUUUAUACGGUGAUGUGUUGCUAUAUUUUAAUCAUCUGAAUAGCCUUAUAUACGCUAGGUAUCUAAGAGCAUGAUUAACCCGGGUUCUUAAUUUGAGGUUUUUAACUCAUGAUUUUGACACUUUUUUCUUUACAUUUUUCGGUUAAGAGCCGGCUCUUAAAUCUCUUAUUUAAAAGAUAGUUCUUAACUUUUUUUAGUUAAAAGCUAAGAAACGGUUCUUAGCUUCGGUUUUUAGUUAAAAGCUAAGAACCCAUCCUAAGAACCCGGAUUAAUCAUGGUUUAACAUUGUUCUGGCUCAAGCAUCUUAAUUAGAGCAAAAACACUUGAAAAACUUCUAUUCUUUUUUACUGAAACCUAUCUUGUAACGAUGAUGAAUUAAUGGUCUUGGUAUGGAAUGAUUUAGAAGAUAUAACCAACUUUGCUAAAAAAGAAAGUUCUACUUUAGUUUUCUUAUUUUAGUUAAGAGGAUUCAAAGGAUAUGAAUCUCCCAUGAAAUCUGUGGUUCUUUUGUUGUGUUAGGUGAAAAGAAAAACCAUUUGACUUUCUUUCCCCUAGUGUCAAUGGAUGUAAUCUUCCUUUAGCUUUUUUUCUUUUUCUCAUCAACUAUUAUUUUUUUACCCAUGCUCCGGCUUUUACAACGACAUGGGUUGUGUUGUUUCAAGGCCUGAGACAAAUGAAGGAGGAGAUUAUAAACUGAUAACUCGCCGAGGAUCUAUCGGUAAAGAUAGUGAAAUUUCUGAGAGCAUCACAUUAGAUCAAGAAUUGUCUACACAUAGCAAAAGGUCCAAAACUGGUGGUGAAAAGGCAUGUAAGGAGGAGGAAGACGUACGUGAAAAUGCACAAGAAGAGAAAGGAGACGAGCACAAACUUUCACCAUCUCCUAGUUUUCGUAUUUAUUGUGUUUUCCCUCGUGAUCCUAAUGAUGACAACGUCGUUGAUGAUCUGCCACGGAACAAGAACACAUCAGAAGUAAACAAGGUGGAAUCUGCGAAAGAAAAAGCACACACAAAAUUUGCAUGUUUAAAAGGUUGCGUUAAGUAACUCCAGAGGGGAAAAUUUGUCUUAGAUCUUCAAUGUUUAUAAAACCAGUUUGAAAAUCGGAAACGCUAACAUACUCGGUUAGAAACUUCACAUGCAUGCAGUAUUUUCUUUUUGGGGUUUGGAUAUCAAAUAGCUUUACUAUACAUGUAAUCAGAGCUGUCCUGAGGGCAAGCAUGCCAAGGAUGUGCUUAAGCCUUCCAUAUAAUACAUAAAUAUUUGGCCAUUUU